AGAGAAGCCCUGACGUCACGUGACCGCCUCUUACUCCCGAAAACCAUCAUUUGAGGAAUAACGUAACAUCUUUGUGUCUCAGCAGCGCCGGAUCUGUUUCAUCCCUCUCUGUUUUCAUGCCAAUGAAUCCAUAGGAUGCUGUUUAAGAGACCGGAGGGAUUCUAGCCACAUUUUAUUGGACUAAACAGGAGUUUGGUUUUGAGCUGAGAUUGAAGUCUGUGCACCUGUUUGUGAAGGAGAACACUGAGCAGUCAUCAUGGCAGAAAACAACUUCCCUCCCCUGCCAAGAUUCAUCCCACUCAGGCCAUGUUUUUACCAAGACUUCAAUGAGAUCCCGGACCAGCGUCGCACCAUGUGCAAGAGGCUCUAUUACCUGUGGAUCUUGAACGCUGCCACACUGGCUGUUAAUCUGAUUGGCUGUCUGGCGUGGAUGUGCGGAGGCGGCGGGGCGGCCAACUUCGGCAUGGCCUUCCUGUGGCUCAUCCUCUUCACCCCCUGCUCCUACGUGUGCUGGUUCAGGCCCAUCUACAAGGCCUUCAAGACCGACAGCUCGUUCAACUUCAUGGCUUUCUUCUUCGUCUUCAUGGCUCAGGUGGUGAUCAGUAUCAUCCAGACGGUUGGCAUUCCCGGUUGGGGAGUGUGUGGCUGGCUGGCUACCAUCACCUUCUUCAGCACCAACAUCGGCUCAGCGGUGGUCAUGUUGAUUCCCACCAUCAUGUUUACUGCCGUGGCUGUGCUCUCCUUCAUCGCCCUCACAAAGGUUCAUAACUUCUACCGUGGAAGUGGUGGCAGCCUGGGUAAGGCCCAGGAGGAGUGGGCCACCGGGGCCUGGAAGAACCCCCACGUCCAACAAGCAGCUCAGCAGGCGGCCAUGGGAGCCGCACAGGGAGCCAUGCAGCAGAACCAGAACCAGUACUCAGCAGCUCCCACCUACAACUACGACGACCCGAUGUAGGACAGAGGAGGGGGGCCGGGCUGCCGUGUGGGAGAGAUGAAAAGGGAUCAAUUAAGAACACAAUUCAGAAUUAGGUGCCCUUCAUUGUAACACUGUACAAGCUGAAUUCAAACAGAAAGUCAUGUUUGUGGUGAAAGUGUCUUUUUAUUGAAUUCUGACACACAUGGGAGUUAAUCUUUAAGCUCAGUUCACAUUUAAAUCAGCAGCAAGUUAUUAAAAAGCUGUUGUUUGUUUUGUUUUUUGUUUUUUAAAAUCUCUUAUGCUGCUCAAUCCCAGCUGGGCAAUGUGUGUGUUGCUUUCCAACGGAGACACAUCACAUAGCUAAAACCACUACCCUGAGCUUCAUCAUUUUAUUCAGGUUGGUUCGUCUGAGUGACUUCUCUGCCUCUGCCUGUGUCACACUUUUAAAACAUCUUUUAAUGAACAUUAAUGUGUUUUUUUAGUAUACUGGUACUAGUAGAGUGUUUACUUUAAUCAGCCUUGAAGGUCACCAAAUGCUCAAACAUUUCCCCCUCAGUUGAUGCACUGUAGUCGCUCGCUUCUCAAGCUGACAAGUUCUAAUGAUUUCCCAUUAAAAGAAUGGUUUUGAUAAUAUGAGAUACAUGAAAUGCUAGCCAAGAGGUUCAUUUUCUUUUUCUUAAUCUUCAUGUAAACUUUGGUACUUUUUUGUUGGAAGAAACAAACAUGAACACGGCCAAAAGAAUCAGAAUCAGGAUUUAGAGCUUGAAGAUUAUAAAGCUUGACAAGAAUGUGAAUUUAAAAAUUCUGACAUUAUUCUGCUACAACAUAAUUCGAAUCAGAAGACAUUUGCUGCUUCAGCAACACCUUACAAUAAGGGACACAAGGAUCUGAGUAGUUGCUUGGAUAGGAAUGAGGAACCAACUGCUAGCUAACCAUUAGUAACGUCAGCAGUGGCAUUAUCCAAUUUUAUAUAAUAGCUAAUGAUUGGCUACUGAUUACUUAAUUAAAGCAACUCUAUAUAUGUCUAAUAGAGGAUAAUGAUGUGUUAAUAGCAAACAAUUUUGGAUCACGUCGACCACUUUCUUCAGGAUCGGCUCCAGGUUCAUGGCAGAAACUCGAAGAACUUGUUCAUUACUAAUUACUCAAAUGUUAUUACUGUUUACUAAGUAGUCCGUCUUUACUUCUUCAUUCUCUUUAUUUAGUUUCCUUCAUGGGUACCUGUCCAUUAGUCAAUAAGGUCUACUUUCCCCUUUCAAUCCUUACUCACUGUAAUUAAGUAAGUUAGUUAAUCAUUAGCUACUCUACACUGGAUUAGGCAACUCAUUAAUUAGCAGUUAGUUCCUAAUUUCUUCCCCAGUAACUACUGAAAAUGUUUUGUCCCUUAAGUGUUUCCCGCAGUUUCUCGCAGAAUAUGUAUCAGGCAGGUAUUUCACAGCUCAGUUCGUGAAGAUAUGACAUCCCAGUCAAAACAUUAAGCAGUUUGUGUUUUGGUGACCGGGUUGUUUUUGUUUGUUUGUUUUUGUACUGAUCAGAAGUCACUAUGCGUGAAAAAGUGAACCUUUACGUUUUAUUCUAAUCUUUUACAUUGAGUGAUAGCUGGUUUAAACUCUACCUGUGAAGCCCUUUAAGUGUCAGCGUAUUUGUUCCUCUGUCUCCAUUUGGGGUGUUCGGUUUUCUUCCGUUUCACACUGGUCAUGUGAUUAGCAGGUUGAUUUCAGUGAAAUAAAUUAUUACAUGUUCAAGUGAAGCACAUGCAGUAUUUAGGGUUGCUAUUCAUUGGAUAAAACAUUCCAAAUCGACGUUGUACAGGUUAAAAUUGAGAGGAAGCCAAAACACUCGCAGUUUGGGCACACAGUUGAUAUUAAUAAUCAUUGUUGUAGGUGGUCAUAGCAUUGUAUGAAGUGAUGGAUGUCUUCCCCUUUUUUGGCAAAUUCUCCCACUCACCCCCUAACUACAUGUACAUGCUUAAAUGACUACUUGUUUCUGAAGCGCUGGGCUUCAGGCCUUAGUGUGUCAUUCUGUGGCUGUUGGUGUUAUUCUAUGAGUAGGUGUGACAUGAUAUUUAUAUAAAAGAAAAUAGAAUAUAAAAUAAUUCAAGCCAAUAAAUGAAAGCGAGGACAUUCGUGCGUAGCCUCUUCUGAGGCCUUUGCGGUGUCAUGCUGAUUUCAGUGGAGAGAUUUCUGCCUCGUGUCACUCACGUCUUCAGGAUUCAAUAGGUGGUUAUUUCAGUAAUACAGUAUUAGAUUUGAAACAGAUGUGAAGAUAUGUAUCUGAAUGCUCGUUAUUUCAAAACCUGUGAGUCGUCUUGUCUGAUUGUGAUGCUGUGGUAUUCUAUAGGCUAUUUGUUGUUUUACUUUUCUUUUUUUUUUUUUUUUUGUACUGCCCUAUUUUGUGUACUUUGGAUGACGUGUGGAUGAGUUUGAAGCACAUGUUCGUUGUGUCCUUCCAUGGCUGUGGGUAACAGGAUUUAGUCUUUUUUUUUUAAUUAUACUUUAUUAAAUGUAAUAUUUGCACUUGUUGACAUCAGUGCAAACUACAUUCACAGUGAAUCACAGUGGAGCAAUAUUAACAAAAAAAACAAAAAAAACACUGAACACUGGAAUUAUUCAGAUCAAGGCAGGUCCUGUUGUGCAGGCUUCAAAUAAAGUAACGACCAUUUUUAAAUAACGGGCCUGUUUCCAAGCUGGACACCACUAGUAAAACUUAACAACUGCGUAACAUUUUCACCAGCAGAUGCAUUUACAGUAGUUAUGAAGUUUAACCCUGUAAACUGUAACAUACACAUGCUCAUCUGUUAGUUAAUGCACAAAGUUUAGCUGAUCGGUUCCUUGGUAAAGUGUAAAGUACGCACAAAGACGAACAAACAAGCUACUUUUCUCUGUAUGUUGUAAGUUUUCCUGGUCUAUGGUGGGUUUCUGGAUCAGUCCAGUCUUUUCGCCAUAUGUACAUACAGCACAGUUAGUGUGAUUAUUGGAAUUACAGCUGUAUAGUUAUUGUGUAGCAGGAACUGCAGUGUUCACACUCUGCUGUAUCAAAGCUUCUGAAAGCCAUCUCCCAUCAACUCCCCCCCAUCUUCCCACAUGUACUGUAUGUUGUUUGAUAUGUAUGAUCAUGUACUAUAUCAUAACUAGAUAUAAAUAUAUAAUUACUUGAGGUGAGGUAAAUAUUUGCCAUGGACAAACACAUUCAGUAGAAACAUGCUCUUAUUAGGCGAGUGAGAUGUUUGAGGAGGCUGUGUCUCCAUGACUGAAGUAAAAUGAGGAAUACAUUUUUGUGUAUUACUUUUGUAUUAUUUGGUCUUACCCUGAUAGAUAUUAAACAGUUCUUGUUGCA